AUGGACGAUGUGGUUAGACAGGGCUUUAUUUGCCCGUUUUGUAUGGAAGAUUUUGGGGAUUUUGAGCGAUUGCAAAGACAUGUUGAUGAUGAGCACUCGGAGAAUGCAGAUGAUGGUGAUAUUACAGAUGCUGUUGUACAAAAUGUAAGAGGACUUUUUGAUAAAGCCAAGAGAGGUAUAAAGAAGCUCGACGCAAAAAUAAGUAUAUCAGAACUUCCUACCGAAGUAACUAGACCUCUCGUAAGAAGCGGACCACCAAGACCACUUCCACCAGAUGUUAUUCCGCGUGGAAUUACAAGAAGCUCAACGAAUGAGUUCAGAAAACUUCGAGAUGAAUCCAUAAACGAAUCAGCAAUCAGAACAAAUAUGCUGAUUAUUAGACUGGAUCGAUUGAUAAAUGGCGGACCAAAAGAUCCAUCAAAACGAAGAGAAUUCGAGCGAGAAAUUGUGCCAUGGUUAGAUGAUGAGGAUGUUGUGUGUUGCCCGCUUUGCGCUGCCAAAUUUGGACUAACUCGAAGGAAACAUCAUUGUAGAUUGUGUGGACGGGUAUUAUGUCAUAAUUGCAGCCAAUUUUUGUCGUUUCUUUCUGCGAGUGAGUUUUUUUUGCUUUGGACAAACAUCCUUCAAAAAAUAUUUUCAAAAUUUGUAAAGUUCAAAAUUUUUUUUAAAUUAAAAGCCCACAAAAAUAGAAAAAAAUCCAACAAAAACUCUAAAAUGUUUGGAAUUUUUUCAAAAAAAAAAGCCUUUUCCAGGAAAACUGACAAAUCCGGCAAUCGCUUUUCAAAUGCAAGAAUCGUUAGCUUCUCUAAAUUCCGACGCCGUCGAAAAUAUUCCCAAAUCCUCUAAACAAAAACUAAUUUCAAUCACACAACAAUCAAUGGAUCGAAUGAAAAAUCUAAUAGGAAAAGUGCAAACUGUAACAACUGGAGAUGAUGUUAGCGUAAGUUCACUGUUACAACAAGAAGCCACGGAAUGUUUGCGAGUUUGUGGAAGUUGUUUGAAUGAUCUUCAUCGAAGAGAAAAUAUGAUGGAACAGGGAAAAGCGCCGGCGAUUGUGGAACAAUAUGAUCAUUUGAGGAAUUGUGUGGGAGAGUUGAAACAACUUGUGCCAACUUAUGUAAGAUUAGCGACUAGUAUCAAGUGAGUUUCCUAUUAUUUUCAAAAAAAAAAAAUACAAUUUAUUUGUUAAAUCAUCAUAUUCAAAUUCAUAGCAACUCUUUUCUUGAUUCUCCUAAAAGUAAAAUCUCGAUAAGGUUUCUGAAUCAAAACCAGAAUAAUUGAGGCGAUUGGUGAAUAAGUAGACAAUACAACAACUAUAUGAUUAUUGAUUAGUUGAUUAUAAAAACCGGUGACUAAAGAGAACAUAAUAUAAAAUAAUGGAAAACCAAUGAAAAUAAAUGGAAUUGCGAUUUGAAAACAUAAAGCAAAAAGGAAACGUUUAUGCAUUUGUUGAGUUCGAAUCGACAUAUUCAUUGAUUUGUUUUUGAAAAACAUGUGGAAUAAUGUGAAGAUAAUGAAAAAAUGAAUCUGAAUUGAUGUGCUACAAGCCUGUAGAACUAUGAAGAUCCCAGUUAAUAAAGGGUCAGCAGUAACAAAAGUUGUCCGCGAAUCGUAGAUCAAAAAAUGUGGGCAGCGAAUUCGCCGAAUUUCUAUAAGCUUUUCACCGAAUUGCGGGAAUUUUUGAGAAAUUAGGGGGACAAUUAUGAGAAAAUUGAUUAUAUAGUUAUAAAAAUAAAAUAUUAUUCGACUCGAAGUUCGUUCGAUUUUCCAUUUUGAUGUUGUUAGAGUAUUGAAGAGAUUUUCAGCAACAAAAAGACAAGCAGAGCACAUUGCACCGCCUAAAAUUAACGCACUGUAAACUUGAAUUUCAUAUGGAACUCCGAAAUUUGAGAGAACUCCUAAACCAAUUCCACCAGUUGUUGGAAUAAAAAUAUAAGGAGUUGCUAGAAUAUUGAAUACAAAUUCGAAAAUCAUAUUUGUCACCUGCACAUUCAAUAACUUCCAUUUCAUAUUUUUACCCAUUUUCUUAGGUGUCUGAUAUAAAAUACAAUAAGUUGCAUAGGCCAGAAUUGGAAUUGAGACAACUGUUGUUAUCCAGAGAGUAUAUUUGACAUAAGUAUCUUGGUAGAAAAAUGAAUUCACUUGAAAACACGACAUUCUGUUUGUGAUGAUUUAGAUUGACUAAAAAACCAAAGUUGUUUUUUGUUCGAAAAGGAAACGUGCUAAUUAUUGAAGAGAAUCACAAAAACAAAACAAAAAUGGAAGGCAUUUGAUUUUUUGGAAGUAGAAUUUUCCAAGCCAUGUCAUAAUUUUUGCAGCAACGGUGAAACUAUGUACACAUUAAAAUCGGCCGAAGAAAUGCGCCAAAAAUGUCUGGAAAAACAGCGACACGUGGAUGUUAUGAGUAAAAGAAUAGCGGAGGAAUCGGAAGAUUGUGGCAUCAGAGAACAGCAAAUGAGAAGGAAUAUUAGAGCAACUACACUGCAAGUUCUACAGGUACAAUUAUUAUUUUAAUUAAUUACCUGUUAAUUAGAAAAAAUUUAAUUAGGGAUUAAUUGGACAAACAACAUCUCUACCAUCGGUGGAAGAAUAUGCGAAACUUGUUCGAAAACAUAAAGAAGAAGUUGCGAAACAGGUGCAAGCCGCUAGAGAAAGAUCACAAUUAGCAUCGGAUAGAAUUUUGAAAGCAUCAACUUCGAUGCCUUUGAUUGCAUCGAAUUCUUCGAAUAAUCCAAGUACAAGUAGUUUGAGUUCGCUGAACUCUUCGAAAUCUCCACCAACGAGGAAGACACCAGAAGUUGAUGAUGGAUGGGUUCCGCAACAAUCCAAGUGAGUACAUUUUUCGAAAAUUGUAGUUUUUUUUACUUUUCAAUUCUUAUCUUGGUUUUAAUUACUGUUUUGAAAUGAGAAGAAUAUGUGAUUCUAGUUUUGUUUCAAAAGUCAUGACGUUGCAGUUUUUUGUUUCAAUGUUCCAGUUUUCUAAGAAAUUUGCUCUAAUUAAAAUAAGAAAGUCACAAUAUAUACAAGUAUCUAAACUCUGACAAGUUUCAAAAAUAUCUCCCUGAAAUUACAAUUUUAUUAGAUCUCAGGCGUGACAGUCUUAUAUUUUUUUAAUUCCUAGUUUUGAAUCUAAAAAAAGUAUUAUUUUUCCAGAUCCUUCAAUCCAUUCCUCGAAGACGAUGAAUCCAUAAACUCUGUCAAUUCGCCUCUCAUCGAACAACGCGAUCAAAUUCGCGGAUUCCUCGCACAAGCUGCCUCAGCUGGAAAGUUAGAUGAAGUUGAAAUGUUGGAAAGAAAUCUGAAAGAAAUUGAGGAAAUUAUUCGAAAUAUUGGCCUCGAAUAG